AUGGCCCAGCUGUACCACAUCUCUCCUCCUGCCCAAGCGCCCUCGUGCCUGGCCAUCGAGGCUCAAGGAGACCUCAGGUUUCUGGACUUGGCUGACCCGCAUCCGUGCGGCAGCCUGCCGAAGGAGCGGACUUUCGGUCCUGCCAGGGCCUCUGGCCCCGGAGAAGGCCAGGGAAACGAGGUGUGGCAGCGCUCCGUCCCCAGGACUGGCCUGCGGAACACCCUUGCUCUGUGGCAAGUAGCGUUUGUACGUACUUUCACGGUGCAAACGAAGACCCAUGAAGACCUGUGUGACAGUCUCAUCAAAAGCCAGUCGCUGGACCACUUCCCGCAGGAGAUGCAGGUGUCAUCGCGGCCACGGGCAGUGUCCCGCAAGCUGAUCUGGGCCCUGCCUUUCAAGGCCCCUUUCAGCUUCUCCGUUAACCCUGGGAGUGGCCCAGGACCCAACGGCUCCGUCUGGUUCUUCUGGCAGGACACUGAGAUUCUCAACACCGCCAUACUCACAGGAAAGACCGUAGCCCUGCCCAUCAAGGUGGUCUCUGUGGAGGAGAACAGUGCCGUGACGGAUAUCUCAGAGCUGGUGGAGUGCAAGUCCGCAGACGACGAUGUCCUCAAGGUAUCUGACGGCUGUGAUUACGUCUUUGUCAACGGCAAAGAGAUAAAGGGCAAGGUGGACGCGGUGGUGAACUUCACCUACCAGCACCUGAGUGCCCCCCUGCACAUCACCGUGUGGGUGCCCCGACUGCCCCUGCAGAUCGAGGUCUCUGACACAGAGCUGAGCCAGAUUAAAGGCUGGCGGGUCCCCAUUGUGGCCAGUAAGAGGCCCACGCGGGAGAGCGAGGAUGAAGACGACGAGGAGCGGCGGGGCCGGGGCUGUGCCCUGAAGUACCAGCAUGCCACGGUGCGGGUCCUCACCCAGUUCGUGGCCGAAGGCGCCGGCCCAUGGGGCCAGCCCAGCCACCUGCUCAGCCCCGACUGGCAGGUGGACAUCACCCACCUGGUUGCAGACUUCAUGAAUCUGGAGGAGCCUCACGUGGCCACACUGCAGGACAGCAGGGUCCUGGUCGGGCGGGAGGUCGGGAUGACCACCAUCCAGGUAUUGUCCCCGCUGUCAGACUCCAUCCUGGCAGAGAAAACGGUCACCGUGUUAGAUGACAAAGUGUCAGUGACGGACUUGGCCAUCCAGCUGGUGGCUGGGCUGUCCGUCACCCUCCACCCCAGCACGGAGGACAGCAAGGCCAUCACGGCUGUGGCCACAGCUCAGGAGCUGCUUCGGACUCCCAAGCAGGAAGCCGUGGUCAGCACGUGGCUUCAGCUCAGCGACGGCUCGGUGACGCCCCUCGACAUCUACGACACCAGGGACUUCAGCCUGACCGCCACCUCCCUGGACGAGGCCGUCGUGUCCGUCCCCCAGGCCCGCUCUCCCAGGUGGCCGGUUGUGAUGGCCGAGGGGGAAGGCCAGGGGCCGCUGGUCCGAGUGGACAUGACCAUCGCAGAGGCCUGCCAGAAGUCCAAACGCAAGAGCGUCCUGGCCGUGGGCGUGGGCAGCGUCAGGGUCAAGUUUGGCCGGAACGACGCCGACUCCGGUCCCGGCGGGGGCGGCGACGAGGGCGAGAUCAAGAACCAUGCCAGUGACCGCUGGCAGAAGGUUCAGGAGCCCGAGGGGCCCCCGCCCGGCGGCUCCUCCGUGGAGCGCGAGGCAGGCGCCCCCCGCAGAGGCGGCACGACAGCCCGGCCGCUGCUGGACAACAGGGUGGUGAAGAGCAGCCGGCCGGACGCGGGCAGGCCGUCCGGAGAGGGCCAGCUGCAGAACAUCCCCCUGGACUUCACCAACUUCCCGGCCCGGGUGGACCUGCCCCGCGCGGGGGGCGGGCUGGGGGCCAGCGACCUGCUGCAGACCGCGAGGGGCCUGAGCGACCUGGAGAUCGGCAUGUAUGCCCUGCUGGGCGUCUUCUGCCUGGCCAUCCUCGUCUUCCUCAUCAACUGCGCCACGUUCGCCCUCAAGUACCGGCACAAGGAGGUGCCCCCGGAAGGCCAGGCCUCCGUCACCCACUCGCACGACUGGGUGUGGCUGGGCAACGAGGCCGAGCUCCUGGAGCAGGCGGGCGAGGGGUCCCCGCCGCAGGACGAGCACACGACCGUCCUGGACCGCGGGCCGGGCGGCAGCGAGGAGAGCAGCUGUCUGUUGCUCAACGGCGGAGCCCGGCAGCAUGCGCAGGGCUGGGGGCACGGGCCGGACUCGGGGGGCAGGCAGGCCAGGGACCCGAAGCCCGAGCCCCUGCACUCGCCCACCUCCAAGAGGAAGAAGGUGAAGUUCACCACCUUCACCACCAUCCCGCCAGACAACGGCUGCCCCAGCGUGAACUCCGUCCUCGGUGGCGGGGGCGAGGACAUCAAGUGGGUAUGCCAGGACGUGGCCGCGGGCGCCCCCGAGGAGCUCAGAAACUACCUGGAGAAGUUCAAGGAACAGGCGUAGGCCCCUCCGGCCCGCGGCUCUGCACCCCGCCCCUCGCGGGGCUCGGAGUGGGUCUGGCUCCGGCGUCGGGUGGGAUCCGGGAGGGGCCG